GGUGCUGGCAAGGGUGGCGGGGCUGGCCGCGCCGGUGCGGGGGAGGCGGGGAAGGCGCGGAAGGCGCCUCGGCGGCUGCGGGCCCGCGGCGGUUGCGGUGACUGACUCGCGCGGCCCCCGCCCCCCCCCCCCCCCCUCCACCCGCCGCGGCUCGCGCCGAGUAACGGUCCCUUGCUCGUGCUCUCCCGGGCGUUCGGGGGCGGCUGUUGGCGGCUGGACCGGGCCCGGCGCGUGCCGGACCUGCCCCUCCCUCUCCCCCCCCCCCCCCCGCCCCGCUCCGCCCCGCCGCCUCCAGACCCACGCACACGCAGUCCCACACGCGCUCACCCACACACACUCACGCUCACUUACACGCACACACGCCGCCGGGGCGGCUCCGGCCUCGGCUGACGGAGCGCGGCGGAAGGAGGCGGCCACGCCGGGUCACCUUCCCGGCCGCCGGCAGCGAGAAGGGCGCCUUCGCCGCUUUCCCCUUUGGGCCGUCUCCGCCCCGGGUGAGCGGGUGCCCCGGGCCGGCGCGGGCAUGAGCUGCGCCGGGGGGAGCGUCGUCCUCCCUCCCGGGGAGCCGCAGCGAGACCCCGCCGCCCCGCUGGAGGUGCCGACCGGAGCGGAGGAGGAGAGCGGGGACGCCCCAGAGGAGGGAGAGAGCGGCGGCCCCAGCGCCGGCGAGGGCCGGAGGGGCGGCUCGGAGAGCGGCGGCGCCGAGGCGGGGGCCGUCGCCGGCGACAAACCCGAGACCCGCUCGGUGUGCAGCAGCGAGAGCGGCAGCGGCAGCCACCCCGGUGGGGCCGGCCCCAUCUGCAAGAUCUGCUUCCAGGGCCCCGAGCAGGGUGAAUUGUUAAAUCCUUGCCGCUGUGAUGGGUCAGUACGAUACACACAUCAGCUUUGCCUUUUAAAGUGGAUAAGUGAAAGAGGGUCAUGGACCUGUGAACUCUGCUGUUACAGAUACCACGUUAUAGCAAUUAAAAUGAAGAAGCCUUGCCAGUGGCAAAGCAUUACUAUAACACUGGUUGAGAAAGUGCAGAUGGUUGCUGUAAUCCUAGGAUCUCUGUUCUUAGUAGCAAGUGUGACUUGGCUUCUAUGGUCAGCCUUCAGCCCUUAUGCAGUAUGGCAAAGAAAGGACAUCCUUUUUCAAAUCUGCUAUGGAAUGUAUGGUUUUAUGGAUCUAGUAUGCAUAGGACUGAUAGUGCAUGAAGGUGCAUCUGUUUAUCGAGUGUUUAAGCGCUGGAGGGCUGUGAAUCUACACUGGGAUGUGUUAAAUUACAAUAAAGCCACAGACAUAGAAGAGAGCAAUCGAGGAGAACCCUCAGCAGGAAGGACAUUGUGGUUACCACUGACUGCAUUUCGAAACAGAAGUUUAGUUCAUCCAACACAGUUAACCUCGCCAAGAUUUCAGUGUGGCUAUGUAUUGUUACAUCUGUUCAACCGCAUGAGACCUCAGGAAGAUUCAUCAGAAGAUAACGGCUCUGGGGAAGUAGUGAUGAGAGUGACCUCAGUGUAAAGAUUAUGCUCACUGUGCUACACACAUAAGGGUAAUGUGCCUGGUGGUACAGGACUUUGGAAUGUAGUUGCAAUGAAUGGUGAAACCAUUAACACUUGAAAAAAUAUAUACACAUUUUUUUUAAAAUUCAAUGUUUUUUAUAUGAUCAGCUAAAACACAAAUA